AUGCUAUUCAAGAAUCUUUCCCAACUCUCUUCGGUUUCUGGUCAUUCCAUCCAAAAGUCAUCAUUGCUCCAAGGAUCAAAGCAAUCAGGUGUGUCAUCUGGUGAAUCAACUAUUGCUCGUAGAGGAUGUUGUGGUGGUCGUCGUAACCGUGCUAAUAAUAUCGAUAUUGAUAUUGAUAUUAAUAUUGGUAAUGGCAACAACUGGUGUUAA